AUGAGCGGCUCCAUGGCCGAUUACCUCAAGCGCUACACGAGCGGUAGCGCCGAAAACGAUGCGGCGAAGAAGAAGAAAAAGAAGAAGGAGAAGGACAUCAAGCCGCCGACAACUCGAAUGCGCAUCAUGGAAGAGGACGCCUUCGUCAACAUUACGUCGGCGGGGAAGAAUGACAAUUCUGAUGACGAGGAUGAGCUUCGGAUAGUGGAGCAAUUGAAAAAGCAGGCCAACACUGCGCUGAGCUAUCGAAAAACGUUUGCACCGAUUGGGGAGGGGACAAGUGAGACUGGAGGU